ACGCGAUUGGCACCUCAACGUGUCCGAAUGCAAAUACUUAGCCAUGUGAAACAGAGACCAGACAGUACUGUCAAGAAACGGCGCACUUAUGUUACACAACCCUGUGCGCAUUUGCAUCCGAGACGCACGCAACUCUCGUUCUAAUGAACUGCAGAGGGAAAACGCAAUGACCAUGAGUUUCUUUGAGAAGCUGAAAAACUUACAUGGUGGACCUCCUGCCCUACCCAAGAGACCCCAAGAUACCAAUUCUGGAAAUGAUUGGUCAGAGGAUGAAUUUGAUGAGGAAGAUGGCGAUACAUAUGAAGCGCCACCCUGUGAGCGCCCUGCUAUCAAAGUCCAACGGCAGCCGGUGGAGGAGAACAUUUACCUCGGCUAUCCUGAGAGAACCCCACUUCCUGUUAUACCCCAAAGACAGGCAGCACCACCCCCAAGGCCAGCCAAAAGCACACCUAUAAUGAGACCACCUGAGCUGACAUCUGACCAAGAGGAGUUCUACAUAGACCCGAAUGACAGAAAACCUUAUAAGAAGUCAGGCCGUAGGAGAAGCCCCCCAGCAAUACCAGCUUUUAACCAUGAAGAAGAUGUUUACUUGGACCCAAAUGAAGGACAGACUGAGGGUAAGCCCCCACAUGAUGUGUACGUGGACCCUACUCCAGCACGACCGCCUGUAUCUGGAGUUCGCAUGCUUCUUCCACCCAAAACUGGAGGAAGAGAUCCUCCGCUACCCAUUAUGAAACCACCUGUACCUAGAGCCAAAUCUAGCUCUUUUGUCACCAGUGACUCAGUGAAGACAGCACAACUUCCAGUAACGAAAAGCCACACCUUUUCUGGCAAAGUUCCUCCACCAACACCGAAUAACAAGCCUCCUCUUCCACUGAGCCUUAAAGAAGCCAAAUCUUGUCCACCUCCUCCAGCUUCAAUAGAUAGCACUGUGCCACUGAUGCCUGCUGAAGGACAGGAGGCAGGGCUGCAGGAAACAGACUGGUUUGCUGGCGUAUGUGGGCGCAGGACUGCAGAAGAUGCCUUACUCAAAGUUAAUAGGGACGGUUCCUUCAUGGUUCGAUGCAGCACUGCACGGAACGCACGGCAGCCAUAUACAUUAGUCGUGCUGUUCAGCCAGAAAGUCUACAACAUCCCUGUGCGUUACCUGAAGGAGCUACACAGUUAUGCUCUGGGCAAAGAGGGCAAGAAAACUGAAGAGCUCUUUGCCAGUCUUCAGGAGAUGAUCUCUCAUCACAAGGAUAACCCCCUCUUGCUGAUUGACAGCAAGAGUCAGGCCAAACACACUGCCUAUCUCACACACCCUGUACAUCCCUAACAAUAUGUGCAUACAGUACAUGUACAUACCUGCAUAUCCCUGACUUGCUCCCUCAAUGUCUAUCUCACCCCCUUUCACCUGCCUAUCUUACAGAUGUAUUUAUUUAAUAGGUGUAUAAUUAAUUUAAGUCUAUAGCCCAUCACUGGUCAGUAUGGUCUCUAAUGGCAGGUAUUAUUUAGGUGCUAAACCAUUCUUAACACAUUAAUGAUACUGAAAUGGUAGAGGCAUGAUAGUGGGUCUUGCACUGCUAUGCCUAUAUAAAGCACAGCAGUGCCCAAAUAAUAAUUGACAUUUAUUUAACUUCAAUUUUUACAAUACGUUGCAUGCAAUGGUAAUUUUUCAAUAUAUCUUUCAAUAUAUAUUGUGGCUGUUUUUAUAUUUUUAGCUGCAUUGACUUUAUAAUGUAUAAAAGAUCUGUGCUGUUUCAAUAAACUAAAUAAAAA